GUCCACAUGUCCCCGUUGCUGGGCCCCAUACGCUUCUCUCAAUCCCAUUGGUUAAUACUGGGAGAAAGCUCCUAAAAUCAGCGCUGUCCGUGUCUAAACCGGAUGCUCUGAUUGGUGCAAACGUUUGGCGCCUUGAAUGAGCCGCUGUCGUAGUGGGCGGUGAACGCGGCGCCGAUAGCAGUUUUUGAACCUUUUGAGCCGAAAAUACCAAAUUUAACACUUUGUUUACAUCGGGUAUAAAAUAAAACAAGCGGAUUUUAUUCCUCAGCGUUGUCGCUGUUGGGAGAUACAGGUUAUACGCAGGAAAAAGUGCUGUUUCGUCUGAUAGUUUGCGAUAAAGCCGGUCCCUCGUUGUAAGGAAACUGGGUGCUAGCCGCGAAGCUAACCGGAGCUAAUCCCCCAACACAAAAGACUAUUUCGCUCGCUAUUUUUGUCUUUACUCCUAAACUUUACAUUGGAUGAGGACAGUUUUUUCUGAACAGCUGGACCAUGGUGCUGACAGGGAAGCGGUCGGAAAAGGGCCCAGCAUGUUGGAAACGCAGAGUGAAAUCUGAAUACACCCGACUGAGACAGUUAAAGCGCUUCAGGAGGGCAGACGAGGUCAAGAGCAUGUUCAACUCAAACCGUCAGAAGAUAAACGAGCGUACUGACUUCCUGAACGAGGAGUGGAAAACCCGACGCAUUCAGCCUGUGCAUAUCAUGACCUCAGUGAGCUCGCUGAGAGGGACCAGAGAGUGCACGGUGGACAGUGGCUUUUCUGAGUUUCCGCGGCAGGCGAUUCCUCUGAAGACUCUGAACGCUGUGGCCUCGGUCCCAGUCAUGUACUCAUGGUCACCUCUGCAGCAGAACUUUAUGGUGGAGGAUGAGACAGUGCUCCAUAACAUCCCGUACAUGGGAGACGAGAUCCUGGACCAGGAUGGUACCUUCAUCGAGGAACUGAUAAAAAAUUACGACGGGAAAGUUCAUGGGGACAGAGAGUGUGGUUUCAUAAACGAUGAGAUCUUUGUGGAGCUGGUGACAGCGUUGGCUCAGUACAGCGACAACGAGGAAGAUGAUGAAGAGGAGGAGGCAGAAGCAGAGCUGUGUGAUGGGAAAGAGCGACCAGAGGAGCCCAGGACCAACCAUGAGGGUCGGACCAAUAACGUCUCCAAGAAGUUCCCGUCUGACAAGAUUUUUGAGGCAAUUUCCUCCAUGUUUCCAGACAAAGGGUCGAUUGAGGAGCUUAAAGAGAAGUACAAGGAGCUGACAGAACAACACGUUCCUGGAGCACUCCCUCCUGAGUGCACCCCGAACAUCGAUGGCCCAAACGCCCGAUCGGUUCAACGUGAGCAGAGCCUCCACUCUUUCCACACGCUGUUUUGUAGGCGCUGCUUCAAAUACGACUGCUUCCUCCACCCUUUCCACGCGACUCCAAACACCUACAAAAGGAAAAACCUGGAGAAUCUGGUUGACUCCAAACCGUGCGGCAUCGACUGCUACAUGUAUCUGGUGCAGGACGGGAUGGUCAGAGAGUAUCCCGCUGGAGUUGUGGGCGAGCGAGCCAAGACUCCAUCCAAACGCAGUGUGGGCCGUCGCCGUGGUCGCCCUCAUAGCAACAGUCGCCCCGGCACCCCCACGGUCUCCUCGGAAACCAAAGACACGGACAGCGACCGGGAGGGCAGCCGGGAGGACGAGCGAGAGAUGGGGGGCGGUAGAGAGGAGGAGAGAGAGAGCGGAGGAACAGAAGGAGAGAGGGAGACGGAAGAGGAUGAUAAGAAGGACGACAACACCAGUUCAGAGGGAAACUCGCGUUGCCAGACCCCAGUGAAGCUGAAGCUGUGUGAGCCUGAGGCUGUGGACUGGAGUGGAGCUGAGGCCUCUCUGUUCAGGGUUCUCAUCGGGACUUACUACGACAACUACUGCGCCAUUGCACGGCUCAUCGGCACCAAGACAUGUAGACAGGUUUACGAGUUCAGGGUGAAGGAGUCGAGUAUAAUCGCCCGAGCGCCGACUGAAGAUGAAGACACACCUCCACGAAAAAAGAAACGAAAGCACAGACUCUGGGCCACACACUGCAGGAAGAUCCAGCUCAAGAAAGAUGGCUCGUCCAAUCACGUGUACAACUACCAGCCAUGUGACCACCCUCGACAACCAUGUGACUCCUCCUGCCCCUGUGUCACUGCCCAAAACUUCUGUGAAAAGUUUUGUCAAUGCAGCUCUGAGUGUCAGAACCGUUUCCCGGGCUGCCGCUGUAAGGCUCAGUGCAACACAAAGCAGUGUCCGUGCUACCUGGCCGUGAGAGAGUGUGACCCCGAUCUGUGCCUCACCUGUGGAGCCGCCGAGCACUGGGACAGCAAGAAUGUGUCCUGCAAGAACUGCUCCAUACAGAGGGGGGCUAAAAAGCACCUGCUCUUGGCUCCCUCUGAUGUGGCCGGAUGGGGCAUUUUCAUUAAAGAACCAGUCCAAAAAAAUGAGUUUAUUUCAGAGUACUGUGGAGAGAUAAUUUCUCAAGAUGAAGCUGAUCGCAGAGGAAAGGUUUACGACAAAUACAUGUGCAGCUUUCUCUUCAAUCUCAACAAUGAUUUUGUUGUUGACGCCACGAGGAAAGGCAACAAGAUCCGCUUUGCAAAUCAUUCUGUGAACCCAAACUGCUAUGCAAAAGUGAUGAUGGUGAACGGAGACCAUAGAAUAGGAAUCUUCGCCAAAAGAGCGAUUCAGACCGGAGAAGAGCUGUUCUUUGAUUACAGGUACAGCCAGGCUGAUGCUCUGAAGUACGUUGGUAUUGAACGUGAAAUGGAAAUUGCCUGAUAAUCUACCUCUGACUCUUGGGCCUUACUCACCACAAACUCAAAUCAGGAAAAUACUGCCACCGUUUGUACUUUUUUGAUAUGGGAUUAUUUCACUAAACUCAAAAGGACUUAAACAUGUUUUUUACUCAAAUACAGUAAAGAGACCAAACCAAGUCUUACUGUUGUUUUAGUUCAAACUUCAGGGACCAACCUCCACCACCAGCUGUUUUUCACACAAUCAACUUUAUAAUAAUCAUUUUGUCAAAUUGCUGCGUAUU